AUGAUCGUAUUACCCCUACUACUCGCCAUUGCAAGUGCAAGCUUGGUGACACCAACCGCAGCAACCAUCCCACGCGCGUGUGUGGGCAAGGCGAACCAGGAGUUGCCGUUCUGCAAUACGUCACUAUCGACUGCCGACCGAGUUGAAGACCUGCUAUCCCGACUGCCCCUGCAGGAGAAGGCGACGCUACUCACGGCGCGCGCCAGUCCUCGAGGCAACAUGAGCAGCAUCGGACUGCCGGAAUACAACUGGGGCGCCAACUGCGUGCACGGAGUGCAGUCGACGUGCGGCACCAACUGCCCCACGUCGUUCCCGAACCCCGUGAACCUCGGCGCCAUCUUCGACCCGCAAGUGGUGUUCGACAUGGCGCAGGUCAUCGGGUGGGAGCUGCGCGCGCUGUGGCUGGAGGGAGCGACGGAGAACUACAAGGGCGGCCCGCACCUGGGCCUCGACUGCUGGUCGCCCAACAUUAACAUCAACCGAGACCCGCGGUGGGGGCGCAACACGGAGACCCCGUCGGAGGACCCGCUCGUGAACAGCAAGUACGGCGUCGCGUACACUCGCGGGCUGCAAGAGGGCAAGCGCCAAGACCCGCGGUUCCUGCAGGCGGUGGUCACCCUCAAGCACUACGCCGCGUACUCGUACGAGAACUACGGCGGCGUGAACCGCAUGGAGUUCGACGCCAUCGUGUCGCCGUACGACUUCGCGGACACGUACUUCCCGGCCUUCCGCUCGUCGGUGGUCGACGGCAACGCGAAGGGCGUCAUGUGCUCGUACAACAGCGUGAACGGCAUCCCGAUGUGCGCGAACAAAGAGUUGGUCGAGACGCUGCUGCGCGGCACGCUGGGCUUCGACGGCUACGUCACGAGCGACUCCGGUGCUGUGGAGGCCAUCUCGGACAUGCACCACUAUGCCGACUCGCAGUGCGAAGCCGCUCGACUGGCCAUUCUCGCGGGGACGGACAUCAACAGCGGCAAGUCGUACGAGGCGUGUCUGAAGACGCUGGUGGACGACAACCAGCUGGAGGAGAAGGCUCUGGAUGACGCGCUGCGCCACACGCUGAAGCUGCGGUUCGAGCUCGGACUCUUCGAUCCCAUCGACGACCAGCCGUACUGGAACGUGACGCCCAGCGAGGUGAACACGGCGGCGGCCAAGGCGUUGAGCCUGAACGCGACGCGGAAGUCGCUGGUGAUGCUCCAGAACAACGCGUCCGUGCUGCCUCUGCAGAAGGGCGUGAAGCUGGCGGUGCUGGGCCCGCACGCCAAGUCGAAGCGCGGGCUGCUCGGCAACUACCUGGGUCAGAUGUGCCACGGCGACUAUGACGAGGUGGGGUGUGUGCAGACGCCGCUGGACGCCAUUCGUGCUGCUAACGGAGCGUCCAACACGACUUUCGCCGAAGGCUGCGGGAUCAGCGGCAACUCAACUGCGGGCUUCGAGAAAGCUGUGGCCGCCGCGAAAGAGGCCGACGCCGUCGUGCUGUUCCUGGGCAUCGACAAGUCGAUCGAGGGUGAGGUGGGCGACCGCAACAACAUCGACCUACCAAACAUCCAGAUGCAGUUGCUACAGCGCGUGCACGCCGUGGGCAGACCCACCGUCGUGGUACUGAUCAAUGGUGGCGUGAUCGGCGCCGAAGAGAUCAUCGAGCGGACGGACGCACUCGUGGAGGCGUUCUAUCCUGGCUUCUUCGGAGCGCGGGCGAUGGCGGACGUGCUCUUCGGCGAUACCAACCCGAGCGGCAAGCUGCCUGUGACCAUGUACCGGUCCGACUACGUUGACCAAGUGGAGAUGAAGAGCAUGGACAUGACGGCGCACCCGGGUCGGACGUAUCGGUACUUCAAGGGGGAGCCCGUGUUCCCGUUCGGAUGGGGUCUGAGCUACACGACGUUCUCGCUGUCUGUGGACAGCGGGACCAACUCGAGCUCUCACAGCAACAACGCGGCGUUCUCGGGCGGAGAGGUGUCAGACACUGCGAACGUGACGAUCUCGGUGGUGGUGAAGAACGACGGCGAGGUGGCGGGUGACGAGGUGGUAUUAGCGUUCUUCCGGCCAGUGAACUCGAACGUGACAGGUCCUGCUACGUUGCUGAACGAGCAGCUUUUCGACUACCAGCGCGUGAGUUUGGGACCGUUGGACAGCACCGAGGUGAGCUUCACGAUUGAGCGGAGCACGCUGGCUUUGCCGGAUGAGGAGGGCAACUUGGCGAGUUUCCCUGGGUCGUACGAGGUAAUCGUGAGCAACGGUGUGAAGGAGCGGUUGAGAUUCAGUGUGGAGGUGGCUGGCGGUGAAGUGAUUCAUCGAGACCAAGUGCAGCCGUUCCCGUUGUCAGGUAAGUCGGUGGCCUCCGUUUCCGUUGGGAGCAAGGCUCAACCAUGCGGUAUUAUUGUGUGCUUGCUGCUAACAAUUUCGCUGUUAGCCUAG